CCCCGCCUAGACAUUCUCAAGUGAAAGAUGAGGGGGAAUUAUAAGGGGCCGAGUUAUCACCGACUAACAUCAUGAGACCGGAGAAAAUAUGUCAAGGCAAUUCAUGAAUGCUAUAUUCGUCUACUUGGUUUUCACAGUUGCUCUUCGCUGAGUUUAACCAAAUUGGCUAUCUAGCUAGAAUGAGAUGUUCUCUUCGAUGAUCUAUUAUAGCUCCGAAUACGGAAAGGCGAUAAAGUCUCUAUGCUCGUAUUGGAGGGGCAAUCUCUUCAUCUGAUAUCCAACCUCGAACUUACCAAGAGGAUGGGAUAGCACUAGUAGCAUACGGGAUAGUAUAAUUAUUUUUGGUUUAGGUUUACUGUGACAUGAUCUUUUAAACUCCUCUGUACAAUCGAUAGCACAACCGAGCAUCCCCCAACAUGACAGACGCAUUAUUCUCGCUCAAGGGCGAGACAGCUCUUAUCACUGGCGGCACAAGGGGCAUUGGACAGGCCGUAGCCGUUGGGCUUGCUGAGGCGGGCGCUGAUAUAAUCUUAGUCCAACGGUCUACUGCGUCGACCGAGACCAAGGAUGCCGUCGAAGCCGUCGGUCGUAAAGCCCAUAUCUACACAGCGGAUCUCGCGAACGCAGAAGACGUAGCAGGUUUGGUCCCGCGAAUCCUAGCAGAUGGGCAUACGAUACGGAUCUUGGUAAACUGCGCGGGCAUUCAGAUUCGCCAUGCACCCGAAGCCUUCCCCGACGCCGACUAUCGCGCAGUAAUGGGCGUAAACGCGGACACCGUAUUCACAUUAACUCGUGACGCGGGCGCACAUAUGCUAGGCCUCGAACCCUCCCCAGUUACGGGCCGUCGCGGUAGUAUAAUUAACUUCGCGAGCCUGCUCUCGUUCCAAGGCGGGCUAAAUGUACCCGCGUACGCAGCAAGCAAGGGCGCCGUAAUACAGAUGACUAAAGCCUUUGCGAACUCGUGGACGGAGAAGGGUAUUAAUGUUAACGCUGUGGCGCCUGGGUAUAUCGCGACGGAUAUGAAUACGGCGCUGAUCAAUGACCAAGAGAGAGCGGCGAGCAUUAGCGCAAGGAUUCCGGCUGGGCGUUGGGGAGAUCCGGAUGAUUUCAAGGGAAGCGCUGUGUUUCUAGCUGGCAAGGCGAGCGCGUAUGUGAGUGGACAUACACUGGUUGUUGAUGGCGGAUGGAUGGGUCGGUAGAGAACGGAGUGACGAAUAGUAAGAGAAUGCUUAAUGGAU